UUUUCUGGAAACAUGACUGGUACAUAAUUCUAAACCAACAGGGAAAUUUCCACCUCUAGUCUUAAUUCACCUAUUACAUGUUGGCAUAGUCUUUUAACAUCAUUUAGUAUUAUCUUUCAUGUAAUUUAGACAAUGGAUUCCAUGGAGCCCACAGAACCUGGAGGCCAGACUAUGGACGUCGUGAACUUCAACGAAUAUGACUCGCCAAAUAUAGUGGAAAGGGUAACGAAAAUUCUGCCCUUUUUGAGUGUUGAUGUUCAGCAAUAUCUCGAUGAACUAAAUGAAGAAAAUGAGGCAAUACGUCAGAAGGUGGGAAAGGGCUACAGGUUUGAGAUGCGAAGUGAGGCCAGGAGACUACAGUCUUUCCUCUCAUUUGUAAAAUUUUCAUCAUGGUGCCCAAAGGCAAUGGCCAGCGCUGGGUUUUAUUUCACAGGAGUGGAGCGCAGUGUCCAGUGCUUCUGCUGUGGGAUUGUUUUCUGCACUAGCAGCUUUAGAAACCAGCCAUUGGACGAUCAUAUGAAACGCAGCCCUGCUUGUGGAUUUCUACAAGGGAAAGAUGUUGGCAACAUCCCUAAGUAUGAGAUCCGUGUACAGCAGCCUGGAGGUCCCCAAAGGGAUUUGCAGGAAUAUGCAGCAGAGGAAUCUAGGUUAAACUCCUUCAAGGACUGGCCCUUCUAUGCCAGGAUUCAGCCUGACAAACUUUCUGCUGCCGGGUUCUUCUUUACAGGAAUAAAAGAUAUUGUCCAAUGCUUUUCCUGUACUGGGUGUUUAGGCAACUGGGAAGAAAAUGACGACCCCUGGAAGGAACAUGCAAAGUGGUUCCCUGAGUGUAAUUUCCUUGCAAGCAUCAAGACACCAGAUGAAAUCAAACAGUAUAUACUUUGCUACGAGACCUUUUCUGGAUAUACGGGUAAAGAUUUUACUACAUUUCACUGUGAGAAUACCUUCACCAGCGUAGCACAAGAGAGGAAAUUGUUAAACAUUUUUGAGGAUGAAAAAGUACGCUUGGAAUCAUUUAAUGGAUGGCCUGAAAAUGCCCACCCUGAGCCCAAAGAACUUGCUAGAGCUGGAUUUUUCUACAAAGGGCUAAGAGACACUGUACAAUGUUUUUUCUGUGCUGGCUGUUUGAAAGACUGGAAAGAUGAUGAUGACCCAUGGAAGGAGCAUGCAAAGUGGUACCCUGAGUGUGGGUAUCUUAAUACUUGUACAAAUCUGGAUCACAUAAAGAUCAAAGAUGAGAGCCAACUGCAGCCUGUUCUCCACCAAGAAAAAACACAGACCAAGACAAAGAGAGACGUCCCUACAGAAGACUGGUUUCUGGAAGUGACCAAGUUGAGGCAUCAGCUGAUGGAUAUGUACAAUAACCCACAGUUCACUACAUUAUCUUCUUUUGAUGAUUCCUCCAGUUUUUCCAUUGAUCUGAAAUCCCUAUUUGCAGAUAUAUCUGUAACUGCCAAAGACACCAAAAAUCAGCCUUUUAAGCAGCUGACGUUACCUGAUAUUCUGUCAGACCUGGUGGAUAUCACCAUGAUAGAAGGUGAAGCUGGCAGUGGGAAAACGGCUCUACUGAGGAAGAUAGCCAUUCUGUGGGCUUCAGGGACCUGCCCCAUGUUAAGCAGGUUCAUUCUGGUGUUUUAUAUCUCGGUUCCUUUCAUUGAGAAACAACAAACACUCUCUCAGAUUAUCAGUAAACACUUGACUGGAUCAUCCACGUCACUCACUGAGGAUAUUCUGUUGAAUAUUAAAAAGCAGUUAAAGAACCAGGUCCUGUUCUUGCUGGAUGAUUACGGCACAAAGGACUUCAUACCUGAACCCAUAGAAAAUCUUUUACAAAAAAACCACUGGAACAGGGUGAGCCUGGCAGUCACAGUGCGCACCGAUCAGGGAAAGAAGCUGCGCCAAUAUGCAAGGACAAUACUGAGCAUCCAGGAUUUCCCUCUGUACAGCUCCAUGUAUAUUUAUCGACACCUUUUUUCUCAUGACAUUCCAUUUCUUGAGACAUUUUUUAGCAAAAUGGGUCUUUCUGAAAUAUUCAAAGCUGUACUGAAGACUCCUAUGUUUACAUGUGCCCUUUGUGUCUUUUGGGUUCGAAAUCAAAACAGGGAACUAUCCAGUGACAUAUCUGUUUGCAAGGCCUACCUUAUGUAUACCAAGCUAAAGCACACCAGAGAAACAGAAAGAGUUGAAGCUUUAGUAUCAUUGUGUGGAGACCUUGCACUUGGUGGAGUCUUCAAGUCACAGUUUGAUUUCACAGAUGAGGAUCUCACUGCCGUUGGUUUAUCUGGAGAUGAUUCUCUAAGCUUUGGACUCCUCAGCAAGUUCACAUCACAAAGGUUACGUCCUAUUUACAGGUUCUUUUACCCAACAUUCCAGGAGUUUAUUGCUAGCCAACGGAUGGAUGACCUUCUGCAGUCAGAAAAUGAAAUAAUGAAGAAUAAAGGCUUAUUUUAUCUGCAAAAAAUAAAUAUAUGCUUACAUGUUAUAGGGCGCUACGAUUUUCUAAAAUACUGCUGUAUGCAUACUGCCAAAACAACUUCAAUUAUCAUUUCACAUUUGUUUAUGUUGACUAAUAACCCUGAAGCCACUGAGUCUCAAACAGAUACCAAGGUUAACUUGCAACACAACCCAGAUGCCGCAUUCAAUGAAGAUGUGGUAGCAAUGUUACGCAACAAUGAUAUGAAGUUAUACCUUUCAUGCAUAAAAAAGAUCACUCUGAGUUUCGCUUUUGAAGUAAUUGCCAAGGGUAACUUCUUGUUUCAGUGUGCACCCAUUAUAUUGCAGUUUCUCAAAGGACAGGAUAUAACUGUGGAUAUGUUUUCUCCAGACAUGCGUUUUCUUUUAUUUCUCAAACUCUUUCCAGAAGGAUUGUCGCUCCUUAGGAGUUUGUGCCUAUCCAUAUCUAAUCUAAAAAGCAAAAUGAGUCCUGUGUCUAAUGAGGAAUUAGCCAGUAUAUUUUCUGAGGUUCCAACAGUUGAACAAGACUAUUCAAUGGCAUUUAAGGUAACCCCAGAAAACUUUGGAAAACUAAACCUGAAAAAGUACAUGUUUCAAAAACUUAAGGACAUAUCUGAUUUAGAUAUAGACACAAGUCAACAUAAGAUUGCUCUUCUCAAGAUUGAUGUGAAUGGCAGCAUUUCAGAUUUGGACACAUACCUUGGCAAUCUCUUAGCUUUCCUCUCUCUUGCUGAUCACAUAGAACUAAGACUGAGUCAGAGUCCUGGAUUUAUUGAAGCUGUUUGGCCCUGUAUUGAUCUUUACAUCACUUCUUUUGUAAAAUGCAGUUUUCAUGGAAUAGAAUUAAAUAUGACAGAGCAAGAUUCGAUUCUACAGAUGUCUUCACUAGAAAGUCUUCAGAUGACUCAAAUGAACCCACCAGAAUAUCUUCUUUCACAUCUGGACAGAUUUAAUAAGUUAAAGGAGUUAAUAUUGGAUGUGCUCGAUCGUAGUGAAGUUGUCAGAUUUUUUCCAGACGGAUUCAAAGAGCUCAAGAGUCUUGAAAAAUUUGUGUUGAGUGGCGUGAAUCUGUGGAAUGAUUCUACAAAAUUAGCCGAAUUUAUUCCAGCCUUCCCUAAUUUGACAAGUUUGCAUCUUAAAUGUAAUCAGUGUCCUGAAUUGGAGAGAAUUUUGGAAGGUUUGUCCCGUAAUGAAAAUAUUCAGGAGCUCAACCUAGAAGUAAUGUUUCCAGAUGAAAAUGUAUUGGCUUCUAUGGCUUCUGUUUUACCUUCGAUUCCAAACGUAAAACUUUUUAAUAUUCGGACAAUGUAUUUUAAGGACAUGGAAAAAGCCAGACUAUUUGUUGUAGCUUUGCCAUGCCUGGUGCAACUGGAAGAGCUCCACCUACCUGGGGGUCCGGGGAUAAGCAAAGUCGCAGAAACAAUUAUGCAGCAGUUCCAGUACCUCAGAAAUCUCAGGAUUAUAUUAUUCCCCAGCAAUGUGUUAAAUGAUGCCAGCCUGCUGCAGUUGGCACACGCAGUGAGAGAUGGACAUUUAAGCAAUACGGAGGAACUAGACCUUUCUGCAAAUCAUGACAUUACGCAGUCUGGAUGGAGAGACUUUUUCCAGUUAGUAGAUCAUUUGCCAAAGCUGAAUCGUCUGUUAGUUAAUAGAUCAUAUGGCAGGGAAAUCAAAACUGAUCCUUUAACUUUCAUUGCCUUAGUUCAGUGUGUGGCCAGACUUCCUAGUCUGAGGACAUUAUACAUGUAUUCUUGGCUCCUGGACGAGAAAGAUAUAGAAAUGUUUAAUGACAUGAAAAAAAAACAUCCCCAGGGAAAGAGUUUGUUGCUCCAGUGGCAGUGGUUCCUACCAUUCGCUGCUAUUGUAAAGGACUAAAUCCUACAGAAUAUGUUAGUUUAUGGCAUAUGUUUUUUUGGCAAAAUCUAUAAUUCUCUAAGCAAUGGGACAGAUUCAAUUCAAUCUCAUGAUAUAUACUGUAUAUAUAGCAAAUCAAACCCCAUUUCUGAUCUGUUGGGAAAUCAGGGUGGUAGUGAAUUUUUUCUCAUAUUCUUAAAUCUGAUCCAAUAUCUGAAUAUUAAUGCCAGUGAACAGUAAGACAUUUAUGAAAGCCACUGAUAUCUUCAUUAGCAUAUCAUUUAAAUGAAUCUGUGUGUACAGGUAAAGAUAUCUGCAUUCACACACAAGGUGAUAAGCAUUUUACCAAUUAAAAUCAUUGGGGCUUAUUUGUCAACAGUGCGCAAAUUUGUUCAUGGGCAGUUACCCAUAGCAGCCAUUCAGUAAUUAGCUUAGCAAGCUGCAAGUAAAACAAUGAAUGAACCAAUUUGAAUGGUUGCCAUGGGUUACUGCCCAUGGGCAAAUAUGCCCAAUGUUGAUAAAUGAUCCACACUGCGGUGGGGUUAAAUGACAUUUAGGCUAGAGUCAGACUAGGUGGAUCUUGGCCUGUAGAGAAACAAAGGCAGAGAAUUCGCUUUUCCGCUGCUGCCCUGAUUGGUGUGUCUGUACCCAGAAGCAUUGUCUCCGCUCAGGUACAGGCAGAAGAGACGGAUAUUGGCUGCAAAAUGUGACUUCUCUAAUUUUUUUCAAAAUCUGCUUUGUCUGCCAUAUUGUCUUAUGAUCCAGACCAGCGAUGAUUAUAUUGUGUUGCAGCUGCAGUUGAUCUCGGCAUCCUCUUGUCAUGAAAUGCUAUUGCAGAAUGGACAUUGUUGGCCCUUGGUCCUAAAUCAGAAUAUACCAGUGGAGCAGAUUGUAUUUUUAUUCAUAUUUUGGGCACCAUGUAUUCAUUGUAAGGAUGUGACCACGUCUUACAUUAGGGUUACCUCCUUUUCUGGAAGAAAAUACCAACCUUUCUAUAUUUUUAUCUUUUUUCCGCUAAUUAAUAACACUUAAGCACAUUAUUUUUUACCAAUGAAAUGGCAAUCCUAUAUAAGGUAAAGACUAACAUUCAAAUAUAUUGUUAAAAAGGACAUUAUAAAAGGCAAAUGUAAUGUCGGAGUUGUUGGCAGCAGAUGUAUGUACUCUCUGCAAGAUAAAAAUAAAAUUCACCUACAUGAUGGUA